UCCGUCACCGUUAGUUUCGAUUCCGGAAUAGCCUAGACCCGAAAACAUCCCCAAAACACCGACUUCAUAAACGACAGCACAAUCAUGUCAACUGUCAGAUCAUCAUACGAAGUUGGACUUGAUUUCCUCCAGUUUCUGGGGCAGCGGAUCUCGAAAACUGACAGAAACGAGCUUCGGGAUAUUUACGACUUGGAGUUUAAAAGGGAUGGAAGGGAAGAACCCUCAUUUUCCAAAGUGAUCCGUGCCUUAUCAUGUUUCAAGAAAGCCAGAUCAUCACACGGGAAGAUUUUUUUUCACUGGAAACCAAAGAUGCGUGUGUACUACUGCGAUCAGUGGAAGCCCUUUGUGCAGCAGAACCCCAACCCAUCAGCCCCAGAUUCUGACCCAGCAUCCUCUUCUUCACCUCGUCCGACCAUUAAACCUGUCCUGACCCCAAAGAAGAAGCUCGCUUCAGAAAUCCUCAACAAACUCAGAUCGAAACGAGCUGAACUCAUUAAAGACAAAGGAGGUAUUGAAAUAUCAUCUAACCCAAAGGCCACCAAAGGAAACGUUACGUUCACCAUCGAGGAGCUUGGGAAGCUGUUCGUUGUGAAGUUUCACAUUGUAAACCAAAGCGAGGGCUGCGUCUACUUCACAUACUACACAGCUCUGCACAAGAUGCGCUGCUUCACUCUUGUGGAUAAGAGAAGAGUAAACCGUGUUUCUCCUCUUCUGCUCUGUCCAGGUGAGGAUUAUGAUGUUGAAGUGCAUUACAACAUCAUCUAUCCCGGGCACUUUCCAGCCACAAUGUAUUUCGAGUUCUGCCCAGAGGCAGAUCCUCCAGGUACUGCUAAGCCUUUCUGUGUAGUGCGAGAACUGGAGGCGGUGGUUCGGACAGGACUAGCUGAAACACUGGGUCCGGAGAGCCCAUAUAACCCUAAACAGAACAGGCGACUCCAUCCAAAAAGCAGGGUGGUGGAAGAAGGGGUACCACCUGAGAGCUCCAUCACACAUGUACUGAAGAUUAUGAUGAAAAUGAAUCAAUAUAAGUACCCAGCCUACCUAAAGGAGUUGGCCAAAUACAAGCUGGAGGACUCUGAGCGCCUGCCAGCCUCACUAAGACAGCAUCUUCCCAGAGUGAGGCGACUGCUGGACUCUCAGCUGUGCAUGAAGAACUACUCUGAACGCUUUCACCUCCUUCUACACCUGGAAGAGAUUCAGAUGGAGGUGGACAUCAAGAAGUACGACCUCUAUGGCAAGACCAUGACCCUCGACAAAACGAACAAAAAGCUGCUCAUUCUCAAAGUACCAGGGGUGGCAGAGAACAGACCAUCCGUACUACGAGGAGAUAAACUUAACGUCUGUCUAUCAGACGACAGGAACCAGCCCGUCACUGUCUAUGAAGGCUAUGUCCAUCGUGUAGAACUUGACAAAGUUAAACUUGGCUUCUCCAGAAAGCUUCUCCAGAAGUUUGUGAACAACAUGAAGUUUGAUGUGGAGUUCAAUAUCAAUCGCUUUCCAUUGAGGCUUCAGCACAGAGCGGUGGAACUUGCUGUCCAGCACGCACUGGGAAAUGUGCUGUUCCCCACAGAUAAGGACACUGGACAACCUGAACUACCACACCUCAGUAUGUUCAAUAAAGAUUUAGAGAACAACCCUGAGCAGAAGGCGGCAGUGCAGCACAUCCUGUCGGGCUCGUCCAGACCAGCACCUUACCUGAUCUUUGGACCUCCUGGCACUGGCAAAACUGUCACAGUGGUUGAAGCCAUGAAGCAGGUCGAUAAAUCGAAGGCCCAGGGCCAUAUCUUGGCCUGUGCUCCCUCAAACAGUGCCUGUGACCUGCUUUGUGAGAGGUUAUUAGGACACGUGGACGCCCAUCGCAUCUACCGCCUCUGUGCCCCUAGUAGAGACCCACGCACUGUACCCCAGAAACUGCUGAAACAUAGUAACUGGAAUGAGGCUCAGGACAGCUUCCUGCUCCCAUCUAGAGAAGACUUAAUGGGGUACAGCAUCAUUGUGGUCACCCUGGUCACCGCUGGAAGGCUGGUGUCAGGGGGUGUUGCGAAGGGUCACUUCACACACAUUUUCAUAGAUGAAGCCGGACAAGCCGUGGAGCCCGAGUGUAUCAUUGGGAUUGCGGGUUUGCUGGAUCCUCUGAAGGGCCAGCUGGUUUUGGCCGGAGACCCACAGCAGCUGGGCCCUGUUCUAAGAUCUCCACUGGCACAGCUACACGGACUGGGUCAGUCCCUUCUGGAGAGGCUGAUGAAACACAACGCUCUCUAUCAGAAGAGCCAGGAUGAUAAUUCGAGAUACGACAGCCGCUUUGUCACCAAACUUUUGCGAAACUACAGAUCUCAUCCUGCCAUUCUCAAGAUCCCCAAUGAGCUCUUCUAUGAGAACGAGCUGCAGGUGUUCGCAAACCAGAUGGAGCGAGAGGCCUUCUGCCAGUGGGAGCAUCUCCCUAGAAAGGGAUUUCCAGUGGUGUUUCAUGGAGUGAUGGGGAAAGAUGAAAGAGAAGCCAACAGUCCUUCAUUCUUUAACGUUACGGAAAUCGAGGUCAUCGUCAACUACCUCAACAAUCUCAUGCAAACGCAGGGCAAGAAGGGCCUGCCAAAACUCGGCCCCAACGACAUUGGCAUCAUCGCUCCUUACAGGAAACAGGUGGAAAAAAUCCGUAAAGCUCUGAACACUGUGGGUGAGUUGAAGAAGUGGAAGGACAUCAAGGUGGGCUCGGUGGAAGAGUUUCAGGGUCAAGAAAGAAAGGUCAUCAUCGUUUCUACUGUCCGCAGUAGUGUCAAUUAUGUCAAAAUGGACCAAGACUUCAACAUCGGCUUCCUCUCAAAUGAGAAGAGGUUCAAUGUGGCCAUGACGAGAGCCAAAGGCCUGCUCAUUGUGGUGGGAAACCCAGUCAUCCUAAGCAAGGAUCCAACAUGGCAGAAGUUUAUCCAGUACUGUGAGCUGGAGCAGGGCUACACUGGCUUUGACUACAAGGAUGCUGAAGGAGAGGAGGAUAUGAUCUCACGGCUGGCGUCUUUAAAAAUCAGCUCAGAUGAUACCGGUGAGAGUCCAUUACAGCAGCAUGUGCACCCAGAAUGGAGAGCCGAACAAUGAGGACCAAAUUUAUACAAAUCAUCAGAGACCAUCAGUUUACAACAAUGGGGAACCAAUCUUUUUAAUCAAUAAUGCAGUAUUGGUGUUUUAAUGUACAUUUCAGCUGUUAAAGCAAGGCAUAUAUGAGUCAUAAUUCAUCAACAACAGUCUGUUCAUAAAAUACUACUGAGUUUAAUACUGGAGAGAUUUUAGUAAUUAUGCAACCUGAUGUGCAUCAAAGAUCAUUGUACAGAUGUUGCUUUUGCUUAUCAACACUGUCUUUAAUAAAGCUUCGUCUUUUUCAACUGCA